UUCAAACCUCGUUUCUCGGCUUCUAUCUCCAACUUCAUAGUCCCUUGGAAGCCACACUUCCAACCCCAGCCAAUUGAAACUGCAAAGAUGCCUCAGGACAUGCCCCCCACUGGGGGCUAUCAGCCUGUCCAGUAUAAGCGCAACAUCCCCGUCCGCGGCUUCCGGCCCGUCUACUACCUCGUCGGUAUGCACCUGAUCAUGGCAUACGGCUUCUACAAAGUAUUCCUAGGAAUCCGGGAGAAGAAUGAACUCGGACGAGAAAAGAUGUGGUCCCGCAUCCACCUCAUCCCGCUCCUCCAGGCAGAAGAAGACCGCGACCAAGUCCGCAGACACCUGGCGGAUAAGGCUAGAGAGAAAGAGUUGUUGGGAUCAGAGACCAAGGUUUACAAUUCGGACCGAUUCGUGAGACCGACCUUCUGGUACACUCCUGCCAACGUUACGAAAUAAGAAGAUGCUUUUGCCGCGCAUCAUCUGGUGGAACGAAGUGAAAAAGGGGGCGCGAAGGGACCCCAGAAUAGCGGGUGGUGAAGAUGGAAUAUCGAAUCCGGCAGAAGUUUUGGCAUGAAGGGGAGAGGAGGAGGGGGCUCAGUGCCUUUUAUUUUCCUCUGUUUGCUCUGUUUAUGAAGAUGAUGUUGGCUAGGAGGGAGGUCGGGCGGGAGAUGGGUGGUGGGUAAAAGAGAGGGUGAAAGAAAAGAUCUGGUUGGUUGGUUUGAGGAAGCAAUGUUAUCCGGUUCGCAAGUGUAAUGGGGUGGUGGUGGGUGUAUUGGGGAUUCUACGCAUGUAACGUAUUCUACUUUGUAUAUAUAGAGAGAGAGAAAUAAAGAAGGGGGACGGGGGUUCCAAAUGGAAAAAACCCAAUGAGAUAGAUAAAUGAUAUCUUGAAACUUUUAACGCCA